AUGAGACAGGUGUUCAGGAAGUACAACUUCAAAGUCAAGGAAGACUUCAUGGUCAAGGAGGGCUUCAUUUCCUUCAACAAGCAAGCCGGAAACUCGUCUGCCACAGCCGCUGCCGCCGGUGGCAACAAGACCUCCGGAAGUGUCGCCGCCAACCCGGCGAACAACGCUGCCCUCUUUCUGUCUCCCGUGGACAUCGGCGGUCAGAUGCUCAACUUGGACUUCGACUCUGGCUCUUCCGAUCUUUGGUGUUUCAGUACUGAUCUUGACCCUCAGCUCAUUGGCCAACACGCAGCCUUUGAUGCCUCAAAGUCUACUACCUUCAAGAAGACUGCAGGCGCGCAAUGGAAGAUCAGCUACGGAGAUGGUUCUGGUGCUGCCGGUACCGUUGGCACUGAUACCGUCACCAUCGGAGGCGUAAAGGUCGAGGGACAAACUGUCGAGCUUGCCAAUGCUGUCUCUCAGUCCUUCGUCCAAGACACCAACACUGACGGUCUUGUCGGUCUUGCCUUCUCCAAACUCAACACUGUCAACGACGGCACCAAGAAGACUCCAGCAAAGACCUUUUUCGACAACGUCAUGCCCAACCUGGACAUGCCUGUCUUCACUGCCGAUCUCAACCCAGACGGCAGCGGAACGUACGCGUUCGGCAAGAUUGAUUCCACAAAGUUCGUAGGCGAAAUGGCGUGGGUGCCCGUCAAGGCCGAGACUGGUUUCUGGCAAUUCGGCUCUACCAAAUUCGCUGUCGGUGACCAGCUUUUCGAGAACCCUCAAGGCUCUGACGCCAUUGCCGACACCGGUACAUCGCUUCUCCUUGUUGACCAGCAGGUCGCCGAGGCAUACUACUCGCAAGUCAAGGGUGCUCAGCUCAACGCUCAGGUCGGUGGUUUCAUCUACCCAUGCAACGCCAAACUGCCCGACAUGAGCGUCGCCAUCGGUGACUCCUACAUGGCCAAGAUCCCGGGUAGCCAGAUCACCUUCGCAACUGUUGAUGCCGCAAACACGACUUGCUUUGGUGGUGUACAAGGAAACCAGGGUGGAGGUCUCCAGAUCUACGGUGACGUUAUGUUCCGAUCGCAGCUUGUCGCUUUCAACGGCGGCAACCAGUCGCUCGGACUUGGCCAGAAGCCUGCUCCUAAAUAA